AUGGUAAAACAAAUUAGGAAGAAGAAUUUGAGUUUUUUUCUUAUCAACUUUAUUAGUCUCACGUGCAAAAGCGUAUUUUCGCGUCAAUGGAAGCCCUUUGAAUUAACAGUGUGCUAUGGUAAAUCUUCAAAAUCCGCUAAUAGUACUAACGAUACAAAUGUGAUUGACGUUAUUGAAGGGUCGAGUGUACAGUUAUGGUGUCACUAUUGCAAUACAAAAGAAGACUAUAAUCCAAAAUUGUGGUUUUAUAGGCCAAGAGGAAUGAUGAAACAAACAAUGCAAGAAAUUGAAACUCGUGAUGAUGUUGUAGAUAAAAAUAUGUCCAUCACAUUAUCCCAUAUAUUGAGUUUAAAUUAUUUUAGGCCCAAUUACUCGGGCGUUUAUACAUGCAAAAGAUAUGACAAUGGUCAUAAAAGUAAAUUUACCUAUGUACUUGAAGGCGUUUUAUAUGUCGAAGUGAGCCCAAAAGUUGGAACAUAUACUCAAUGGCAAGAAUACAAGCGUAUGUAUAUAGAUCCCGUAAACAAGAAAUUUAAAGUAUCUCAAGAGGAACCGUUUAAGUCAUUUAGAAAACAAUAUAACACCAUUGUAAAAGUAUAUACAGUUUGGGAUAAUUGGAGUGAAUGUCAAGCUAUCGAUGUCCAUCUAAAGGGUAAACGCAAAAGACUUGGAAAAUGUCGUAUAUGUCCUGUAAAUAAUACCAUAAAGAGUACACAUAAAGCUAUUCCUAACAACAUUGUUAAUUCGUAUUUAGCCGAUGCAUAUGAUGUCCCCUGUCGUUCCAUAAAGCUUAAUGAAGCACUACCUGAAAUAAGCAGAAUUGUUAGAAACAUACCGGAAUUUGAAGCUGAGGAAAUAUGUUCCAUGCCAAGAAAAACAGAGAACAAGACGGGUAAUGGUAACAGUAAGCACAAAACAACACAGCAAGUUAUGGAAGAUAGCCAUGUAACACUUAUGUGCAAUGAAGUUAACCCUAAUUCCGACUUAAAAUGGUUCAAGGAUAAAAAAAUGUUGAAAUCCUUAUAUGGAAAUAUUUUUAAUAGGAGAGAGGACGAACCUCACAUAUCAAUUGAUGCCUCUAACUCCUUACAUAUUUUGCACAUUAGUAAAAAUGAAGAAGGCAAUUAUACAUGUUCGAUAAAUGGAAAAAAAGUAAAACAAUUUGAAGUAAAGGAAGUACAAAGUUUAAAUAAACGCUGCAAUAGGUGUCGAUCCCGGGGAGAUAAUGGUACAUGUAAAGAUCCCUUUCCAUUAAAUGUUACUGAAGCAGAUGCGGAGGUAGGUCUUCAUAUUGUGGCAUGUCCAUCUGGUUGGUGUGGUAAACUGAUUGAAGGCACGAUAGGGGCAUUCCGACAGGACGAUUAUGGCACUGCUACUGAAAGGAUGUGUUUACAAAGACCGCCAAGUGAUUAUGAAGAAAGAUGUGCAUAUACUAUGUGGAAUCGAAAGAAGGUUUAUAUGUGUUUCUGUAAUGGAGACCUUUGCAAUGCAGCUGGUGGAGUCUCAUCAUACCCUCUCCUACUAACCUUGGCGGUCCUUUGUCCUGUCUACAAUUAUUUGAUUUAA